GCGUUUUGCACGGAAGGGAAGAGUCGGCCCUCGUCUUCAGAUAUACUGUCACUGCGGUCAGCUCAAAGGUGUAAAAUAGUGAUAUUAUAAUCCUGAUAUCUAAUAGGGAUUUAUACUACUGUCAUAUUUUCGAAGUAGUCGAAAGGGUUGAAAUUAAAACUUCUGCCACAAAAAUGUUAAAAGCGAAGGAAGAGGACAGAGACACAGAAGAUGCUGCACCUAUACAACAUUUCCGUAACCUAAGACUCUCAAGUGGUGGACAGAACAAAAAGUCUGAUGUCUUGCCUAGACAAACUGGUGUUUUGUCCUGUGGUCAUCAGAUGCCACCAGAUUACUUGAUUUCAUGGUGCAAGUACUAUCUAAUGCAGGAGAAGACUGAAUUCACUUGUCCAAGACUUGAUGAGAACAAGAAAGGCAUAUGUGGCACAAAAUUCUCUUAUCAGGACUUGUGCAAUACAGUUUCAUUAACUUCCUCGCUGAAGGAAUUCUUUGAAGAGAGACUUGGGGAGCUAACUGCAUCAAGCUACUGUGAAUUUAAAGCUUGUCCAGGAUGCGAGUCAUAUGUGGAGAGAGCUGAUCAGGAGAACCUGUGUGUCCACUGUACCGUAUGCACUGCCAGGAUGGGACGCUCCUAUGAGUUCUGCUGGGACUGCAGGAGGAAAUGGAAAGGAGCAGUGCAAAAUACUGUGCACUGUGGCUACAGUGACUGCAGAGAGACAGAGACUUUGCAAACAAAGAGAGAUUUGCUAAAGUUAUGUCAGCCUGCAUUCAAGCAACGCAAGCUUCAGACAGAACAGAUCUAUUCAACAAAGGAGAAAUCCAGUGACAGAAAGCGACUGGCUAUGAUCAUCAACAAUGUUGAAUUCACAGUAAGGGAGUAUAAUCGGAAUGGAGCAGAGAUGGAUGAAGAGAAUAUGAAGACUUUGCUUGAGGCCUUGGGUUAUGAUGUAAUCAUACUGAAUGACCUGUCUGCAGAGGGGAUGGAGGCUGCCUUGAGAGACUUCUCACAACACAAUGAACACAAAAAUUCAGACAGCACAUUUUUUAUCAUCAUGUCCCAUGGUGGACCUAAUGGCAUUUAUGGCAUUCAUUCUGAUGAAAAAGAUGAUGACAUUUUCCCUGUGGACAAAAUCUUCUACUACCUCAGCUCUGAGAACUGCCCCGGACUAACAGACAAGCCAAAAAUCAUUCUGAUUCAGGCAUGCAGAGGAGAUAAAAAAGGCCAUGUGUGGGUAUUUGAUGGUGUAAAGUCCAAUAAAGGAACAAAACAACAUCGUGAAAAAGAUUUUGCCUGCUUAAGAUCAUGCACACCAGACACUGUAUCCAUCAGGAAUCCUGACUCUGGCACAAUAUUCUUCAAGAUCCUUGUGGAAAUCUUCAAUGAACACUCUCAUGAGAACGACAUAGUGGAGUUGUUUACAAAGAUUCUUCACAGGUUUGAAAAAAAAGCAAAGGAAGGUGAAAUUCCUUAUCAAAUGCCAUGUAUGGACAGAACCACGCUUGUUAAGAAAUUCUACCUGUUUCCUGGACUUUGACAAGAGCUCAGGUUGCUGUCACUUCCUCAGGAAUUUAUUUAGUCUUUGUUAAAUAAGAGUACAAUAAAGUUUAUUUAGAAUUGAAGUAACAGAUCCUUAUGUAUACAGUAAAUAUGAACUGUACACACCAAAUCAAUGCAGAUGAAAUGAAACUAUUAAUAUUGUUUUAUGCUUCACAAAUCUGUACCUAUUUCAUUAAAGAAAAGUAUUUCUAUAUAUUUAGCAUCCAAGAGAAAUUAAUAAGAUACUGUGAUGUAUACUCCAGCUAAGUACAGGAACACCACUCAGAGGUUUGUGUUCCUUCUUCAUGUGUUCUAUCAUGCAGAAAAUCCUUCUGCCAGUAUUGUUCACUUUCACAUGAAUAACCUGUUUUUUAAUUAAUUUAUUUAUUUUUACAAUGUGUUGUUACACUGGAUUAAUAUUCUUACAGUAAAUGGUAAAUCUACAAUGGUCUGAGGUUGUAGAAGGGUGAAGAAAAAAAGCAGUAAGUAAUUUCAGGAACUUAAAUCUAUAAACAUAAUUUUUACUGACUGUUCACAAGAUUCACAAGUAUUUCUUUUUAUUUUUCUUUCUCUCCUAUAUAAGUAUAUAUAAACAGAUUUAAUGUAAAUUAGGCCAGAGGUGAAGCAAAAAUUAGACACUUUCAGAGUGGUCACAGUCAGUCAUCUUUUAUGCACACAUCAAGUGAGUGACAUGAAGUACAGUUUAAAUGGUGUCACAAUGGAUUGUAUGAAUUGUAAUGAUGUAAGUGCAUCUAAAAUAUUUUAUGUUCUAGUCCAGUAGCUGGAUUCCUAACCAGCUAUUAGCUAGAAUGUUAUGUAAAUAGUUGCACUGGGAAUAUACAUAGCAUCAAGUGUUUCAACAUCAUUGUAGAAAACUGGCUAUUUGAAUAGAACAUAAAAACGUUAUUUUCACAUUUGAGAUGUCUGAAAUACUGGUUAAUCUCUCUUGUUCUUUUUGAAAGUUUUUGAAUUUCCUCAUUUAGGGUUAUGAACUUAUAUGCAACUUUUUCUUUUGCUGGAGUGCAGUUCAGCAUUCUAAUUCGAAAAGUAUUCAGUGGGGUUUUAGGGGCAUUGUGAUGCUGGAACAUGUUUGAGCCCCUUGGUUUCAUUGAAGGGAAAUUUUAAUACUACACUAAACUAAUUAAUAGUAGCAGCCUAAUUGCUACACAGCUGGCCUACACAUUGCAUUCACAAAAUUAAAAUUUGUUUGUAAUAAACAUUGCAUUUUUAAACAUAGAAAUUGCUCAUGACAAUGAAGUUAAAAUUAAAUUACUAAUAUCAAAACCUACCCAAUUUAUAAGUAGGCAUAUUUUCUUCCUUCUUGCAUAGUUGUGAGGUGAACAGUGGAUGUAGCUUUACCAGCUCAUCUACAGAAUGACUGUUAAAUGGCUUAUUUGUUGAAUGAACUGUUGUGAUAUGUUUCUUGCUUGUGUUACUUGACCUUAGUGCAUUGUUUGAUACUACAGAUCAUACUAUUCUCCUCGAUAGACUAGAAAAUGUUGUGGGCAUUAAGGGAACAGUCCUCUCCUGGCUCAGGUCUUAUUUGACUGAUCGCUAUGAGUUCGUAGAUAUAAAUGGCGACUUCACACAUACCAAGGUUAAAUUUGGUGUUCCACAAGGUUCUGUUUUAGGCCCACUGCUUUUUACUAUAUAUAUAGUACCUCUGAGUCAAAUUAUUCAUAAACAUAGAAUUAACUUCCACUGUUAUGCUGAUGAUACACAGUUGUAUGUUUCAGCAAAGCAAGACAACACACAGCAGCUUAAUAAAGUUGAGGACUGUGUAAAGGACAUUAGACACCGCAUGCUUAUUAACUUCCACUUACUUAAUUCUGACAAGACAGAAGUACUUGUACUAGGACCACAUGCAGCUAGAAGUAAGCUUUCUGAUUACGUAGUUACUCUGGAUGGUCUUUCCAUUUAGUCAUGUGCCGCAUUAAAAGACCUUGGUGUAUUUAUUGACCCCAGUCUUUCAUUUGUAGGCUCAAAUUUUGCCUAUUACCUGAAGACACUUAAUAUAGAAACAGAUACUCACAUAUUCAAUUGGAGAAAGAAAAACAAGACACCAGCCUUCGUUCUGUUCCACCACACAAGAUCCACACAGUUUGAGAUGUCCCAAAAUGCGAUCUAAAAAAACCAGAGCUGAAGCUCUUCUAUUUAUACAGUUUUCUUAGGGUCAGGAUGACCCAGACAUCAAUAUGUUUUAGAAAGCGCCUUCCCACAAUACCAUUAUGUUUUAGAAAGAGCCUUCCCCGGACACCAUUAGGUUUUCGAAAGAGCCUUCCCAUAAUACCAAUAGGUACGAGACUCAACAUUUCGACCUUGGUUUCCAUCUACGGUUAUCUCGCGGCCCUAGCCUUUCCCAUCGACGGUUAUCUUGCGGCCCUAGCCGUUCCCAUCGACGGUUAUCUCGCGGCCCUAGCCAUUCCCAUCAACGGUUAUCUCACAGGUGCAACUUGGCUCAAAUACCCUUAUAAACGGCCCGUCUUGGUUCUCUCUUAAAAAUUAAGGCCUUCGUCUGUGUUACUCCUGAGUUUUUCUCGUGAGAAAAGAAUCCUCCACACCUUCAAGUGCAUUAUGAGUAAGUUUCUUUCACAUUUUUCUGUAUAUCUGUUUUAUAAUGCUUUUUUCUUUUCAUAUUUGCUCUACAUUUCUGUUUUAUAUCUGGUUAUACUGCUUGCAAGUAUUUUACCCCCUUUUCUGUACGCCAUACUUCACAAUAUCAUUAUAAUAUCCUUAUAAUCCUUAUAUUAUCCUUAUAAUAUCCUAAUACUCCUAAUAUUAUUCGAAUAAUGUUCUGUUUUCCUUCUGUAUGUGUGUGCAUGGUGGCAUAGGCCUCUGUGUGUGUGUGUGUGUGUGUGUGUGUGUGUGUGUGUGUGUCUCUUAGUUGACCGUCCACCUACGCUGCACUAAUCAAAUACAUGUAUGGUUUUCGCCUUGCUUAUCUGUGUGUGUUGUGUCUUAGGUGAACGUCAGCCCAGUGAAUUUUCAAUAAAAUUACAUACUACUCAUA